AGAGAAAAGAAACUCUAGAUGUUCUCCCAGUGUUCCCAUUUCAGUGUGGUGACAAUCACAUCUUCUGUUUGGGGCCUCUGUCUCCCCAACCUAAACUGGAGGAGAGAUUAAUAUUCCUGUCCCCCUUGAUUUAGCAUUUAGCAUUUGUUGCUCCAUAUUGUUAUAACAUAUGGGCUCUUGCUUUGAGGCUAUCCUGUACAAGGGCGGAGUGGGCUGGGGGUUGUCUGGCUGGUUUAAGAGACAGCAAUGAAGGCCAUACCCCAUGGCCGUAGCACUCAGCACCUGCGGAGCUCUGGGAGCCUUCCAGUUCUUCUGUCUGAAGUCCCACUCCUUUCUCCCCCCUUUUUCUUUCUCCCUCUUCCUCUUUGCCGUUAACCACUAAGGAAUUCCUUUCUCUCCAAAGCUCCUUUCCAACUCCUCCCUGUUAGCUCUGUGCAAGUCUCCUAUGUGGCAUCCAGUACUCCUACUGCCUUGUGGGUUGACCCCCUGUGAGGUGAUGGAUCCUCAGUGGUGAUGAAGCGAAAUGACCAGUAGGUUGAUGGUCAGCAGUGUGGCCUGGGCUCGGCUGCUCCCCGGGUUUAUGGCCUCAGACACAUCAUUCCACCUUCCUGGACCUCACUUGCUCAAUGGCAAAAUGACGCUGUGACCCGGGUGACUGUAACAUUGGGUGUUCUGUGAUCCCUACUAGAGAGCCCAUGAUUCCUUCCUUUUUAAAACUGGCCGGACACAAGACAAUGUCAGAUGCUCCCUGUGUUACCUGGCAGGGGACGAGGCUCCACAUGUGAGAACUGGCUGUCACUCAAGGAUGGAACGCUAGGGGGGAAGUGCUGGUGUCAGCAAAGAGCCAGAUGGAGUUCACCUGCAAAAUGAUGCUUCAACACCCAGGCCAGGUCUCUGCCUCAGAAGAAGAGCUGAGGUUUGCCAUCCAGAACAAGCACCUCUGCCACCGGAUGUCCUCUGCACUGGAGUCAGUCACUGUGAGCGACAGACCCCUCGAGAUGUCAGUCAUGAAAGCCGAGGUAGCCCCUGAAGAAGAUGAAAGGAAAAAGAGGCGAAGGGAGAGAAAUAAGAUUGCAGCCGCCAAGUGCCGAAACAAGAAGAAGGAGAAGACAGAAUGCCUUCAGAAAGAGUCUGAGAAGCUGGAGAGUGUGAAUGGAUCGAGGAGCUCAAGAACGAGAAGCAGCAUUUGAUAUACAUGCUCAACCUUCACCGGCCCACGUGUAUUGUCCGGGCUCAGAACGGGCGGACUCCAGAAGAUGAGAGAAACCUCUUUAUCCAACAGAUUAAAGAAGGAACAUUGCAGAGCUAAGCAGCUGUGGCGUGGGACAAUGGGGAGUCCUCAUCGUCCUUUCACACCUAGAACCCUGAAGCCAUUGGAGAGCUGACUUCCUGUUCACCUCUAGAACCAGCGAGGUGGGAGGGCCCAGGGUGACUGAGCUGGGUCUUUCUACUCUGCCCCAGAGUGAACUUUGGACCAGGGCAAGAGCAUCUUUUGCCUCAACCCCAGGAUUUAGGCCUUAGCCUACUGGCCAUUUGUAGAUGCUCCAGAUGACCCCCCCACCAUUGGGGUCCUGCUCACCUUUUGUCUGGAUUCUACAAAAACCAAGAUGCCCACCAUUAGGAAUCGUGCAGAAGUGUCUACCUUGGGUGGAUGGGGUGGGGCUAUCUUCUCCUCGGUGGCUGCCGCCGUCCCUCGUAGGGGACAUGGAGUGAAAAUGGCAUUUAGCAAAGUUGUGGAAUGGCCAGGGUCGUGCUUUCUAGCAAAUAUGCUGUUAUGUCAGGAAUUACUGUGUGCAAGGCAUUUGUUUCAAAACUAGAUGUCGUGCUCUCGUGCUGUUUGUUUUGCACAACGCUGGUGUGACCCGUCUGUGACUUUCCUCAGAUCUGGUUUCUGAGAGUGUGUCACACGGGCAGUGUCUCACAGAAUGUUCAGGUGGCCAGAAGAGCUUGUCAGCCCCAGAGAACAGAAUUCUCCUGCUGCUGGCACACAGCCCCACACCCAUGGGGAAGGCCCCUUUCCCUAGGCGCCCAGGCAUUAACACAAAUCCCGUGGGCAGGAGGACAGGUCCUCUGUUUCAGGCUUGAUCACAGUGUCAUAGAAAGAAAGUCCAACUUCCAAGGGGUCAGGACUCUCCACUCAGUGACUUAGGUCAGGAAUUAUUUCUAGGCCCUAAGAGCCAAAGAAUAUUCCGUUUCCCUUUCCUUGUGGUCAAAAACCACAGGCAGCGGAGAUGCGUUUGAAACCAGGUGAUGCCUGGGCCUUCACAUUAUUGGAUAUUAAUGGCAUUGUUUUUGUCACGUGGCUGUUGUAAGACAUCUGGCCCAGAGCGUUUGCAACUGUGGGAAGUCACCCCCACUGGCCACAAGGACGCCGGCUACUGUCUGUUAAAAUUCUGAUGUUUCUGUGAAAUUCUCAGUGUUUAAUCCUACUCGAUAGUAUCAUUACAGUUUUCUGUAAGAGCAAAUAUUAUUACUUAUUUAUCCUAGUACUCCUACCCUGUCGAUAAAAUAAACAUUGGAACCAAGA